UCAACCAUAUCGCUCUUCAGCAGAUUUGCAUAUAGCCCACCCAACAGCAAUGAUAGUGCCGCCAAUUUCAAAGUUAGAAGUGUUGCGCUUCAGCCACGUAGCAUUGGUCUUGUUUCCCAGGUCUUCAAAACUCUUGCACUUUUACACCGAGCAAGCCAUAUAACAACUCCGCCACGACCGAAAGGGUAGAAAGUAAUUCCAGAGCUGAUACUAUCAUCGAUACAAUUUCCACAUGAGCACCUUCCUUGAUGAUUGUCAUAUGUUCCUACAUCGAAACUGUCUCCCAAAAGCCCUUGGAGCCCGGUCUCCGUGUCAUUCUCCGUGUCUUCAUUGCCAUCGAAGUUGUGUCCCUUAUCUAAAAUCGAUGUUCAGAUACGUGUUCGAUUCCCUGUCACUGAUCCACUAACCAAUUCCUAUAGAUCAUUUCUAUCGGAGCCCAAUUGUUUCCAACAUAGAAUUUGAUAGAUCUCCCUCGUUCGUACUUAAACCCCUGUUCCACGUGUAAUAAUUGACUAUAGCUCAUUCACCCCUAUCCACUCCUCUCCCGCGGCCUGCUCGCACCGCUGUUCAAUUGGCCAUCAUCUGUUUAUUACUAUGAAGACCACCAAUAUCAGUACUGUGCAGUCUGUUCCGUAUCAUCUAGAUAUCUUUUACAAAGCCGCGUGCACAACUAGUCAGAGGUGGAAAUAAACAGGAGGAGAAUUGCAAUAUGGUAGAUGAUAUAAGACAAACAACUGGAUAAUAGUUGACGGUAAUACUUUAACAAGCUAAAGUUCCACUUUGGAAGUACUCUACCGUUGGCCCAGCCUGCCACCAAAGGAGUACACCGACCAAGUCGAUGCCACUCCCCCCCGUACAUCACCACCUACAAACCAAGAAAACAACUCACAUAGACAUAUUACACUAUAAGAAUCAACCCCAGCCCAACAACUGCGUCACCAUACUAAACAAAAAGCCCAAAUCCUCACAUGACACCAUCAACUCCGAAAACCCAGAACGGUGGGUAAGCCUCACUAUAAAAGGCCAUGUGUCACCCACCACGAGCGGCUGUCAUGCCCAUUACCCAACUACAUUGCGUGAGCCGGUCCAAUCCGACCGCAAAGAGCCCACGCCAUUUUUUUGGCUCCGCAUUCCCCGGAAAGUGUUCAGCCAGCGCAUAGGUACACCAUGUACGCAUGUAAUUGUUGUACGACGUUCGGCUAAUUCAGAGCACCUGCAUAUACAUGCAUGA